AUUGCCACCAUCAUGUGCGACGACGAAGACACAUGUGCGCUUGUCGUGGACAACGGCUCCGGCCUCGUCAAGGGAGGUUUCGCUGGGGACGAUGCCCCACGAUGCGUCUUCCCCUCCAUCGUCGGCCGUGCCCGUCACCAAGGUGUGAUGGUCGGUAUGGGUCAGAAGGAUGCCUACGUCGGUGAUGAAGCCCAGAGCAAGAGAGGUAUCCUCACCCUCAAGUACCCCAUUGAGCACGGUAUCAUCACCAACUGGGACGACAUGGAAAAGAUCUGGUACCACACCUUCUACAAUGAGCUCCGUGUUGCCCCUGAGGAGUCCCCCACACUUCUCACUGAGGCUCCCCUCAACCCCAAGGCCAACCGUGAGAAAAUGACUCAGAUCAUGUUCGAGUCCUUUAACAUGCCUGCUAUGUACGUGACCAUUCAAGCUGUACUUUCUCUGUAUGCCUCCGGUCGUACUACUGGUGAGGUUUGCGAUUCUGGUGACGGUGUGACUCACUUUGUCCCCGUCUAUGAAGGUUUCGCUCUUCCUCAUGCUAUCCUUCGUCUCGAUCUUGCUGGUCGUGACCUUACCCACUAUCUGAUGAAGAUCAUGACUGAACGUGGCUACUCCUUCACCACCACCGCUGAGCGUGAAAUCGUCCGUGACAUCAAGGAGAAGCUUUGUUAUAUCGCCCUUGACUUCGAGAAUGAGAUGAAUGUUGCUUCGGCCUCAUCUUCACUUGACAAGUCCUACGAACUACCCGAUGGUCAGGUCAUCACUAUCGGUAACGAACGCUUCCGUUGCCCUGAGGCUCUUUUCCAGCCUUCCUUCCUUGGUAUGGAAUCUGCUGGUAUUCAGGAAACCGUCCACAGCUCCAUCAUGAGGUGCGACAUUGAUAUCAGGAAGGAUCUGUUCGCCAACAUUGUCAUGUCUGGUGGUACCACCAUGUACCCUGGUAUUGCUGACCGUAUGCAGAAGGAGAUCACUGCCUUGGCUCCUUCCACCAUCAAAAUCAAAAUCAUUGCUCCUCCCGAGCGUAAAUACUCCGUCUGGAUCGGUGGCUCCAUCUUGGCUUCUUUGUCGACAUUUCAAGGCAUGUGGAUUACCAAGGAUGAAUACGAAGAGUCAGGUCCUGGUAUUGUUCAUCGCAAAUGUUUCUGAACAUGUAAAUUUGCAAUUAGAACAUAAUCUUA